ACCUCCGCCGCCGCCAACCGCCGCCUCAGCUUGCGCCGCCGCCGCCGCCGCCGCCGCCGCCGCCGCCGCCGCCGCCGCCGCCGCCGCGCACGCCAUGGGAGCCGUGACUGACGACGAAGUCAUACGAAAGCGUCUCCUAAUUGAUGGAGACGGUGCUGGAGAUGAUCGGAGAAUCAAUCUGCUCGUGAAAAGUUUCAUUAAAUGGUGCAACUCCGGGUCCCAGGAAGAGGGAUACAGUCAGUACCAACGUAUGCUGAGCACACUGUCCCAAUGUGAAUUUUCAAUGGGCAAAACUUUGCUGGUAUAUGAUAUGAAUCUUAGAGAAAUGGAAAAUUAUGAAAAAAUUUACAAAGAAAUAGAAUGUAGCAUUGCUGGAGCACAUGAAAAAAUUGCUGAGUGCAAAAAGCAAAUUCUUCAAGCAAAGAGAAUACGAAAAAAUCGCCAAGAAUAUGAUGCUUUGGCGAAAGUGAUCCAGCACCAUCCAGACCGGCAUGAAACAUUAAAGGAACUAGAGUCUCUGGGAAAGGAACUAGAGCAUCUUUCACAUAUUAAAGAAAGUGUUGAAGAUAAGCUGGAAUUGAGACGGAAACAGUUUCACGUUCUACUUAGUACCAUCCACGAACUUCAGCAAACACUAGAAAAUGAUGAAAAGCUCUCAGAGGUAGAAGAAGCUCAAGAAAGCACCAUGGAAACAGAUCCUAAGCCAUAAACAGACUAAUAAUGUUCACCCUUCCCAAGAAUGCAGAAAUAACAUGCUCCUAGUGCGUUUAGAAUUUGUUGUGCUCUUGAGCUAUUUAAAGUUUUGGCAGUGGACUACUUUGCUUUUAAAUACUAAUGCACAGUUCAUUCCUAUUUCUUUACACAAAGGAAAAAAACUUCAGUAUAAAUUUGUUUGUAUUGAAAUGUCUUUUUUGUUCUUAAACUUAAAAGGUAGGAAGCGAUACCCAAAAAUGUUUAAUAAAAUGUUCUCAAGCCA